AUGGGCUACCCCGAUACUUUUGAAGGGUUCAUGAUCAGGGACCAGCAGAAGUGGACCGAGUUUCACAAGCAAGAGUUCAAACCCAAGAAGUUUGGCGACCACGAUAUUGAUAUCAAGAUCGAGUGCUGUGGCGUCUGCGGCUCCGAUGUGCACACAAUCAAUGGUGGCUGGGGAGAAGCACCGCUGCCCAUCUGUGUCGGCCACGAGGUAGUUGGUCAUGCUGUCAAAGUCGGAGACGCUGUGAAGACUGUUAAAGUUGGAGAUCGCGUGGGGGUUGGUGCUCAGAUCUGGGCCUGCCUCAAAUGCCCCCAGUGCAAGAGUGACAACGAGAACUACUGCUCACACGGGGUCGAUACAUAUGGUGCUCCUUACCCGAAAGAGGUCGAUCCAGACGAGACCAUCUCCCAGGGCGGGUACUCCUCCCACAUUCGGGCCCACGAAUACUUCGUCUUCCCUAUCCCCGAUGCUAUUCCCUCGCACCUCGCCGCUCCCAUGCUUUGUGCAGGAUUGACGACUUGGAGUCCCCUCGUCCGGGCAGGCAUCGGUCCAGGCAAGAAAGUGGCGAUUGUUGGCUUGGGUGGCUUAGGUCACUUCGGAGUCAUGUGGGCCAAUGCUCUGGGUGCCGACGUCACGGUCAUCUCACAUUCUCCCAGCAAAAAGGAGGAUGCUCUGAAGCUGGGCGCAAAGGAGUUUGUGACAAAUACCGAGAAGGGUUGGGCAGAGAAAUACGCCUUUGCUUUUGACUUUGUGCUCAAUACCGCCGACAUGACCCACACUUUUGACCUGCAAGAAUACCUGUCGCUCUGCAAGGUCAACGCCACAUUCCAUCAAGUUGGUCUGCCAGACGAGGCCCUACCACCUCUAAAGGCCCAGAUGUUUAUGAGCAAUGGCAGCUCCAUUGGUGCGAGCCAUAUUGGCAACAGACCCGAGGCCUUGGCCAUGUUGAAACUAGCAGCGGAAAAACAGCUCUUCCCCAUGGUCGAGACGGUUCCCAUCUCGGAGAAGGGAUGCGCAGAGGUGGUGUCUCGCGUCGCGGCAAAUAAGAUACGAUAUCGGUUCACUUUGACCGAUUAUGACAAGGUGUUUGGAUCUCGUGAAUGA